AUGACGAUCUUCCUGGGGGUGUACAAGGCGGUCUACGCCUACGAGCCACAGAACGAGGAGGAGCUGGCGCUGGAGGAGGACGAGCUGCUGUACUUGCUGCAGAAAUCUGAGGUCGAUGACUGGUGGACGGUGAAGAAGCGCGUGCUGGGGGGGGACAUGGACGAGCCGGUGGGGCUGGUGCCGAACAACUACAUCGAGGAGGCGCCGGUCGUGGGGCGGGUGCGGGCGGUGUACGACUACGAGGAGGCGCAGAACCCGGACGAGGAGCUGGUGUUCCGCGAGGGCGACGAGUUCGAUGUGUACGAUGACCGCGACGCGGACUGGGUGCUGGUGCGGAAGCGCGCCGACGGGUCCGUGGGGUUUGCGCCGGGCAACUACGUGGAGAAGGUCGGGGCCGCGCCGGCCGGCGAGCGCGCGCCCGCGCGCGCCCCGGCGCUUGCGGCGGCGGCGGCGCCGGUGCUGACGACGGCGGCUGCCGUGCGCGAGCGGCCUUUGCAGGAGCAGCAGCCGCGGCGCAUCGCGAGCGGGAGUUCCGAACGCGACGACCGCCCGCUCCCGCGGCUUCCAGUGCGGACAGACUACUCAGAAGACGAGGAGGCGCCUCCGCCAAAGCCGGCGCGCCCGGAGCAGCAUUCUGCCGCCAGCGCGGGGAGCCAGCCCUCGUGGGCCCGCGAAGAGGCCGCAGACAGCAUCAUGGAUAUCUCCGGGAGCUGGGAUGUACAGGAGAUUGAUGGGCGCCGCAAGAAGAAGGCCAAGCUACAGGUGGGCAGGGAAACUGUGCUGUUCUGUCCCGCAGACGGGGACAUCAAGAGCUGGCCAAUCAGCCAUUUGAUUAGUUACGAUAACGAAAAGAAGCAUAUUUUUCUAGAGUUCAAGGACCCGUACUGCAAUCUGGAGCUGCACGUGGGCACUAAUAGCACGGCGAUCGAGAUAAAAUCUCUUUUGGCCGAGAUGAAGGCCACUGUCAACCCUGGGGCACUGCGGGAAAUCGAGGCUGCUUCGGUUGCUCCAAAGAAACGUGGUAUUAUCAAGUACAACUUUUUUGGCGAGUCGAGCGAUGAGCUGACAGUUAAGGAGGGCGAUGUUGUCUACAUUCUCAACGAUAAGAAGUCUGCUGACUGGUGGAUGUGCGAGAUAAUCGGAACAAGUAGGCAGGGUGUUAUACCUGCUCAGUUUAUUGAUGUGCAGCCAACCGAGGCCAGGAAGUCCUUGACUGCGACUAUCGCGGGCUUGAAGGAUGGAUCAAGUGCCUCAUCACAGAAGGGAUCGCAGCUUGGCGAUUGGAAACAGGAUGUAGACCAAGACAGCUCUGAGAGGAGAAAGAGUAUGUCUAAGAAGAAGGAGGAUAAGAAGUCUAAAAAGAAAAAGUUUCCAGAUCCCAAGAACACGCGUAUUUGGGUAGAUAGAAGCAACACAUUCAAAGUCGAAGCCGAGUUCCUUGGGUUUGUGGAUGGCAAGAUUCAUUUACAUAAGGUCAAUGGUGUGAAGAUUGCUGUGGCAGCAGAGAAGCUAUCCAUGGACGACCUAGCGUAUGUGGAAAAGGUUACUGGCACUUCGCUCAACAAGUACAGGCCUGAGGUCAAAGCACCGCCAGUAUCUAAACGGAAUGAUGAACAGGAUCAAAGGAGACAACUACGUCAGCAUGAGGACCGAGAACGUGAGAGAGAGGAGAGGGAGCGUGAUAGAAGACUGCGCGAGCGUGAGCUUGAGGAGCUUCGGAAGGCGAGAGACUUGUUGGACGAAGAGCGCGCUAAGCUUCAGUCAAUGAAGGAAAACUCGUCUCAGAGGCCGAGGUCUUCAGGCUCCGAACAAGAUUACGACUGGUUUGAGUUUUUCCUCAACUGUGGUGUUGAUGUGAGCAACUGCCAGCGCUAUACAUUGAAAUUCGAGAAGGAGCAUAUCUCGAAGGAAAUUCUGCCCGACUUAUGUCCUCCAAUCCUGAGAACUUUGGACAUGCGCGAAGGAGAUAUCAUAAGAGUCAUGAAAUACCUUGACAAUCACUAUGGCCGGACUUCACAGUCCUCUAGUAGCCCACCUGCUGAUUCCAAUAACGCAAACGUUCAGACUGGCCAUGGCCUUUCUGAGCAACUUCUGCCUAUUCAGACCUCUACUAAAGACGAUGACGCGUGGACUGUCAAGCCAGCAGCGAAUACAGAGUCAUCUUUACCUCAUUCUAAGAAGGAGUUUUCAGGUUCUUUCCAGGACUUGCUGGACUUAAAGCCCUUGGAACCGAAGAAAAAAGAAGAGACACCGCAACCAAACUUGAAAGACUUAGAGAGCGUCAAGACUGGCGGUUCUGCCAAGGCAGCGGCGCCAGUUCCACAGGCGACGGCCGCUCCAUUAGAUCCGUUCAAGACAGGAGGUAAUAAUUUGCUACCUACGGCCACAGGAGGUGUAUUGCUGAUGCCUGUGCUGACAGGUGGUCUUAUGCCAUUGCAGACCACUGGCGGUUUGAUUCCUCUUCAGAGAACUGGUGGCUUUGUGAUGCCGCAGACUACAUUUGGGCAACCUACGGGGAACAUACUUCCUGUUCAAAAGACGGCUAAUGGGUUGAUUCCUGUGGGAGGGGGUCUCGUACCGCAGACAACCUUCGGUGUAGCACCAUUAAACGCAUCGUUCACGGGCGGCAAUAUCGCAUUUCAACGAACUGGAGGCAUGGCUACAGGCAUGGUUCCUCAAACGUCUUUCGCAGGCCCAAUGAAUCCGGUUAUGACAGGUGGCAUGGUUCCUCUGCAGAGAACCGGGGGCUUUAUGCCAAAUAUGAUGCCCCAAACAUCGUUCAGUACUAAUCCUAUGAAUCAAAUCUCCACUGGGAUGAUGUCCUCUCAACUCACAGGAGGAAUGGCCAUGGCCGGGCCUCAGACUUCUUUUGGCAUGCCUGCCAUGAAUCAAACAUUUACGGGUGGUGUACCUGGUGUAAUGCCACAAACUUCAUUUGGGAUGGCACAGAUGAACCCUGGAUCAUCCAGUGGGAUGAUACCACUUCAACGGACGGGUGGUAUGCCAGGAGUAUUACCGCAAAACUCGUUUGGUAAUGCGCCUAUCAAUCAGGCACUGACUGGGGGCUUGUCUAUGGGCACAUUGCCUAUGCAAACCACCUUUGGAGCUCCACAGCAAAUGACUGGUUUCCAGCAAAAUCCAAUGAUGGGUAUGCAGAAUACGAGCGGUAUGACCUCUUUUCCAAAUACGUCCUUUGGCACCGCGAAUAUCAACCAAUUAUCAAAUAACAUGCAAGGUAUGAGUCUGAAUCAGCAGCAGGUGCCUUUGCAGAAUCAACCAACAGGUUUUGGAUUUGGUAAUGGUCCACAACAACAAAAACAGGCCAACAUAUACAAUGCCUCUGCUGCGAAUCCGUUCGGAUUUUAA